AUGGCUCAUUUUAAGGAUGUAGCUGUGAAAAAGACCACGUCUCUGAAUCUGGUGACUGGAUUCUUUCAGUAUCUCCGCGGUUUCCUUUGCCACGUGAUCUUCAAUGAGGCAAGCAGAGCUCGCAGCACUCGAACACCCAGAUGCACCUGUCCAAACUCUCGUCCUGCCCCUGCUGUUUUUGUCCGGUUUGCACUUAAUGCUGGAGUUCCUCACAUGCCAUCUUUCGGCUUUCACUCGGCUGAUGAACAGGAGUCGGUGCAGAAAAGAACUUUCACAAAGUGGAUUAAUUCACACUUGGCCAAGCACAAACCUCCUUUUGAAGUCAACGAUCUCUUCGAGGACAUCAAGGAUGGGGUGAAGCUGCUGGCUCUGCUCGAGGUGCUGUCUGGCCAGAGAUUAAGUGUGUUUAAUGCCAGGAUGAUGGGCCUGUUAGCUAGAGUCCUGCUUUCUUUCAUUUCUACCACUGAUAAGCCUCUUCUUUCAUGCCUGCAGCCAUGCGAACAGGGCCGCCAACUCAAAAGGAUCCACUGGGUGUCUAACAUUGGCACAGCUUUAAAGUUCCUGGAGGGAAGGAAGAUCAAACUAGUCAAUAUCAAUGCCACUGACAUUGCUGAUGGACGCCCGUCAAUCGUCUUGGGGCUGAUGUGGACUAUUAUCCUCUAUUUUCAGAUUGAGGAGCUGACCAGUAAUCUUCCAGCGCUUCAGGCUUUAUCAAGCAGUGCGUCUUCAGUGGACAGCAUGGCCAGCUCUGAGACCGGAAGCCCACCGAUGAAACGCAAGGUGGUCACCAAGUUUCAGGGCAAUGCCAAAAGAGCCCUGCUCAGAUGGGUCCAAAACACAGCAACAAAGCGUCUUGGGAUUGAAGUUAAAGACUUUGGUCCUAGUUGGCGCAGCGGCGUGGCCUUCCAUUCUGUCAUUCACGCCAUUCGGCCAGAACUCGUGGACAUGGACGUCGUGAGGAAAAGAAGCAAUCGAGAAAACCUGGAAGAGGCGUUCAGUGUAGCAGAGAACGAGCUGGGAAUACCACGCUUACUAGAUCCUGAAGAUGUGGAUGUGGACAAGCCUGAUGAGAAAUCCAUAAUGACCUAUGUAGCUCAGUUCCUGAAGCACUACCCAGAUCCCCACCAGUCUGAGACAGAUGGACAGCAAGAGGAGCUGGUUCGCUCCAUUCCUACAUUCGCUCUCUCUAUCCCGGCGCUACAGUAUGAUCCACAAGAUAUUGAGCUAAUGCUUGAGCGAGAGGAACGCAAGGUGCUGAGGGAGGUGAAGAUCUGGCUGGAUCAGCUGGAGAGAGAUGUACUGCGGGCACAGGGAUCUGAAGAGAGUCUCACUGACAAAUAUCAGGCCUUUAAGAGCUUUCGUGUGCAGUAUGAGAUGAGAAAGAAGCAGAUCGAGUCUCUCCUGCAACCGGUGCACAGGGACGGAAAACUGUCAGUGGACCAGGCCGUGGUCAAGCAGUCCUGGGAUCAUGUGUCUGUCAGGCUCCUAGACUGGCACAUCCAUCUGGACAAAUCUUUGCCUGGUCCUCUGGGAGUGAUCGGAGCCUGGCUGCAUCGGGCAGAACUUUCCCUGAGAGAGGACGUCCCAAUUCAACAGGCCCACGAAGAGACGGCCAAUAUCAUCCACAGAAAACUGGAGCAGCACAAGGAGGUGUUAAAGAACUUGGAGGGACACAGACAGACAUUUCAGCAGAUUCACAGAGACCGAUCGGUAAAUGGUGUCCCGGUACCACCAGAGCAGCUUCAGGACAUGGCAGAAAGGUUUAAUUUCGUGACCACAUCAUCUCACGUCCAUCUAAUUAAAUUCGAGUUCUGGGAGAUGAAGUAUCGCCUCAUGGCAUUUCUAAUGCUGGCGGAGUCAAAGCUCAAAUCAUGGAUCAUUAAAUACGGCCGGCGGGAUUCAGUGGAGCUUCUCCUGCAAAAUUACAUUGUGUUCAUUGAAGGCCACAAGUUCUUUGAGCAAUACGAAACCACUUUCCGCACCCUGAAACAGGCUGCAGACACCUACUUGAAAUCUGGGGCUUCAGGUGGUAAAAUCACCAAGAGAGCUGAAGAGGUUGAGGGGGUGAAUAAGUUUCUGAGCGAUGCAACAGCGCAGUGGAAGAACCUCUCCGUGGAGGUACGCAGCGUCCGCAGCAUGCUGGAGGAAGUGAUUUGCAACUGGGAGAAAUACAGCAGCACAGUGGCCAGCCUGCAGGCCUGGCUGGAGGACGCAGAGAAGAUGCUCAACCAAUCAGAGAGCGAUAAGCGGGAGUUUUUCCGGAAUCUUCCACACUGGAUUCAGCAGCACAUGGACAUGAACGAUGCUGGGAACUUCCUUAUUGAGACGUGUGAUGAGACGGUGUCCAGAGAACUGAAACAGCAGUUGCUGCUUCUCAAUGGCAGAUGGAGAGAGCUGUUUGUCAAAGUCAAACAUUAUGCAAGAGCAGACGAAGUGGACAAAUUGAGGAAGGAUUAUGAUGAUGGGAUUGAAGCUUUAAAGGCGUUUAUUGACACGGCCAAUGAAAGGAUGAACACUCCAGUUCAAGUGUCUUUUCUGAACAUAAGAACAUAUCUACAAGACGUUGAGGACAUCAAGCACAAAGUGCCCUCCAUGGAGGCGGCCUAUAAAACGGCCACACGUAACGCACAGCAGCUGACCAAAGACCUUGCAGAAGACGAGAUUGCACACAUGCUGAAUAACAUGGCAAACAUCAAGGAUGAGCUCAGCAAGAUAAGAGAGAGAGCUCUGCCCCUGCUGAGGGACUCGCAGGCCAUGCUGCCUCCAUUAGAGGAGAUGGAGAAAAAUAUCACUGGGUUCUACCAGUCGCUGGAGAAGGCCAGCCGCAUCACUUCCUCCCGGGACUCGGAGGCUCCAGGAGACUUCAAGCAGAAGUGUCAGGAGCUGGUGACCUAUCAGCAGAGCUGUAAAAAGUGUCUGUCGGUGAUUGAUAAAAACCAUCAGGUCAUUCUGAAGUCACUGGACACCAGUAAAAACCUCAAACAUCUGGACACGUCUCUGUUAGAGAGGAGAAUCACUGAGCUUCAGGCCUCUUCACAGGGCAUGGUGAAAGAGACCACAGAAUGGAAGAGGCAUGUGGAGGCGAACAGCAGCCUGAUGAAGAGAUUUGAGGAGUCUCGUGUGGAGCUGGAGAAAGUUCUCAAAAUAGCUCGCAGCUCCAUGACUGAGAGAGGAAACCCAGAGGACCUUCUGAAAAAGCACACUGAGUUCUUCGGUCAGCUGGAUCAGAGAGUUCUCAAUGCAUUUCUGAAAGCCUGUGAUGAGCUGACAGAUAUUCUGCCAGAGCAAGAACAGCAGAAUCUACAGGAAACAGUCAGGAAGCUGCACAAACAGUGGAAGGAUAUCCAGACAGAGUUUCCCUAUCACCUGCUGCAUCUGAAGGUGGAUCUGGAGAAGAGUCGCCUGAUGACAUCUCUGCAGGAGUGUCAGGCUGAACUGGCCCGCGAAAACCGCAGUCUGCCUAGUGUCGGCAGCGAGAGAUUAAUUAAAGAGCACCGGAUGUUUUUUAAGGAAAAGGGUCCACAGGCUCUUUGUGAGAAGCGGUUACAGCAUAUGGAGGAACUGUGCUUAAAGCUUCCGGAAAGCGAGCAGGCUCAACAAACCCUGGAGAAUGCCAGAACAGCAUUGCAGAAGGUCAAAGAGGAGAUCGACAGCACACAUCAGAGACUAAUGCAGCACCCUGACAAGUGGAAGGAGUUUAAUACCAGAUUUUCUGAACUCUCUGCUUGGGUUACAUCAAAAGAAAGUCAGCUCAGACUUCUGCGAAACAGAGCUGGGGACCCAAGCAAGUUCGGACAGGUCAAAUCCACCAUUGAGAGUCUGAGGAACGAUGCUGAACUGCAGGAGGGGAAUGUGAGCUGGUUGAAGAAUCGUUUGGCUGCUCUGAUCGAGAUCUGCACAGAAAGUGACGCUCAGAGACAGGGAGCCGUUCUCAGCAAACUCUCCAAUGACUUCAAGGGUCUCCUUACCUCCCUUUCUGAGUCCGAGAAGGUGGUGCUGGCAGUGAGUGACUGUGUGCAGUUCAGAGAAGAGGUGAAAACCACACUGGAGGAACUGACUCAGGGUCAGCAGGAGCUUCAGUCCGACAAAAGCAAGAUUUUGGACUCAGAGUCGGUCAGAGAAGCUCAACAACUCCUGCUGCUUCAUCAGCAACAACUGAAGCGCCUCCGGCUGAAGAGGAAGGACAUGCAGGAGCAGAUAAACCGGGGAAAGCAGCUCCAAAUCGAGGAGGGUUUGGAAGAGAGUUUACAGGACGACCUGCAGAAGUUAGAGUCCACUCUGAAGAAAAUGGAUGAAAACACUGAGUUCCAGGAAAAGAACUUGGAGGAGACUUUAUCAGCCUGGCAGGAGUUUGACGCUCAGCAGGCGUCAGUGAGGGAGUUUGUGGGUAAAGUGCGAUCCGUCACAGAGAGAGAGAUGAACUUCAGCAGUCCAGAGAGUCUGAACUCAGAGCUGGAGCAAACCAAGGAUCUCCUGAAACAGUGUGAAACGGAGGUCAGACAGGUGAACACACUUCUGAAAAGGGCCACAGAAAUCCAACUGGGCCCCAAAAAUCAGUCUCUCCUCCAAGAUCAAGCACGUGCUUUGACCGAACAAGUGGACAAAGUGGAGAAUGGACUCAAGCGAGAUGUGAAGACUUUGGAGGGAAUGAAAAGUCAGUGGGAUUUGUUCGGGAGUGAGUUUGAAGCAUUUUCCUCAUGGAUAAUGGAGAGAGAAAGAGAAAUGGAUGCCUUGAAAAGUUCGAGCCUACCUUUGGACCAGCAGAUCUGUACUGUAAAGACCAUCAGAGAGGGUCUGCAGGAGAGAUCAGAAGUCCUGUCUAAUCUGGAGGAAAAGUCGCAAGCGCUCUUCCAGUUUGUGUCGUCUGGCGAAUCUGCACGAAUCAAAUCCCGGCUGACACAGAUCGGCAGGUACUGGGAGGAGCUUAAGGAGAGCGUGGAACACCUGAACGGACAGCUGGAGGAAAGCUCCUCCCACCAGACCAAGUUUAACGCCAAUCUUCAACAGGUAAAAUCAGAGGUUGAAGAGAUCCAGAAGAAACUUGACAGCCCCGUCACCUCCUGCGUGUCUUCAUCCGAGACCUACAAAACUCUGCAGAGUCACAUGGACGUGUUUCAGAGUUUGGAGAAGCUGAAGGCCACGCUGCUGUCACUGUCUGCUGGCGCCCGAAGGCUCAGCGAGAGGGAGAAGGCAGAGAGAGCCGUGGCGGCCCUACAGCAAAACUAUGAGCAAUGUUUAAAACAGGCCAAGGAGAAACAGAACCAGACCGAGAGCCUUCUGUCACACUGGCAAAAGUAUGAAAAGGAUUGGUCUGCACUGAAGUCAUGUCUGGAGAGAUGUGAAGCUGUGUGUGGCUCUGACAGUCAAUCUCUGCCAGUUGACAGACUAAAGCUGGAUGGAGAAUUGCUGGAAUUAAAACACCUGCAAACUGAGCUUGAGUCCCUGGAGGCAGUUUAUAACAGACUUGGGGCUCAAACACCGUCUCUUUAUACCACUGCAUCAGAGGAACGUGUGAAAACACUGAAAGAAGACCAUCAGCAGCUGGAGAAAAGAUGGACGUGUCAGACCACAGCUAUACCUCACAGAAUGCAGGUCCUUCAGCAGCAUCUCUCUCUGGUUGAUCAGUUUGAUCAGGCUCUUCAGAAAUUCUUCAAAUGGGGAGAGUGUUUUCUGUCAUCUCUACACUCCUUCUCUCACACUGACAUCACUGAUCUUCAGCCGUCCACCAAUGAUAUAAAGGAAAAAAGGGAAGAUCUCCUGAAGCAAAGCAUCGUACGACAGAAUCUUCAACAGCAAACUAAAACCCUGUGUGAUGUUUGUGAGCCGGCUGAAGUCCAGCAUCUUCAGGGAAGGUGGGAGAGCUCCUUACAGCCGUACUUGGAGGCCCAUCAGCUGGUUGAACUUCGAGGAGAGAGUCUGGAAAAACUGGAGGCCUUUCUACACACCCACAGUGUAGCAGCGGGCGUCCUCCAGGGUCUCAGACAGACCGUGGAGAGCGCUGGGAGUUGGGAUAAAAGCCGGGUGGACGAGCUUCAGCGAGAGCUGGAAGCCAUCGUUCCUGAUAUCAGCCGCCUUGAAACGCUCGCCGUGAAUUUGGACAGCAACCUGUGCAAGUCUCAUCUGCACCUAAUGAACGGGAAAGAGACUCGGUCCUCUUGCCGUUCGCUGGCUGACUCCUUGAGCGCUGAAUUGGAUGCCGUGAGGAACCUGCUGGGCUCUAAACAAAGCGAAGCUGAGGCUCUCGGCGCUCUUUGGAGCUCCUUCAGACAGCGUAAGGAACAGCUGCUGAAAACUGUGGAGGAUAUCGAGGAGAAGGCGGAUCAACAGGGCCUGAAGGAGCCCAAUGUGCUUACUCUACAGCAGAGGCUUCGGUUUUUCAAUCAGCUGGAAGAUGAGCUUCAGUCUCACCAGCAUGAGGAGCAGUGGCUCAGGGAUAAAGGUCAACAGCUCGCUCACAGAGAUGCUGAGCUGGGCAGUGAAGUACUGAGAGAGAUUAACUUGCUUCAGACCACCUGGGAGGACACUAAGAAACUCAUCACUGAGAGACAAGAGCAGAGCAGUGCUUUAGUAGACCUCAUGAAAGACUACCAGACUCUGAAGUCUUCAGUAAACUCCAUUUUGGAAAGUGCUGAUGCUAUAGCCGAUAUUAAAGCGGUCCUGAAAGAGCAGGAGGACACGCGGAGAUCCUUGUUGAAGCAUGAAGCUGUUAAAGCAGACAUGGCCAGUCAUCAGGAUGUACUAGACCAAUUCUCCAGUAAAGGAAAGAAGCUUUUAAGUGAAUUAAACAAGAUCCCUGAUUGCGACACACAGAUCGUGAAGACAGAAAUAGAUGCCACAGUGGACCAGUGGCUCGACGUGUCCGAAAAAAUCGAGGACAAUCUGGAAAGUCUGAAGAGGAGUUCUGCACUGUGGGUGGAAAUCUACGAUAUCAGCGGAGAAAUCGAAAGCUGGUCCAACAGCUCGGUUAUGGAUCUUACAGAUGGACUCAAUAACUUCAACGAUAGCCAGAAAACUGCAAACAAACUCUCUGAAGUCAAGGCAUGUUCCAAACUCUGCUAUAAAACACAUUUAUAA